AUGGAGAGCAUACACGCUCUCCUUCUAACCGCUGCUCUUUGCAUUCUCUCUCAAGGCUGCGGCGGCUCCGAGGCCGAGCACCGGCUGUACGCGGCCCUCUUCAAGAACUACAACCAGUUCGUCCGGCCCGUGAAGAACGUCUCAGACCCCGUCAUCAUCCAGUUCGAGGUGUCCAUGUCCCAGCUGGUGAAGGUGGACGAAGUCAAUCAGAUAAUGGAAACCAACCUGUGGCUCAAGCACAUUUGGAAUGAUUACAAGCUUCGGUGGAAUCCAGCGGACUAUGGAGGUGCUGAAUUCAUCCGAGUACCAUCUGGCCAGAUCUGGAAGCCAGAUAUUGUUUUAUAUAACAAUGCAGUUGGGGAUUUCCAGGUCGAUGACAAGACAAAGGCCCUACUGAAAUACACAGGUGAUGUGACCUGGAUACCCCCGGCUAUAUUUAAAAGCUCGUGUAAAAUAGAUGUAACCUACUUCCCAUUUGACUACCAGAACUGCACCAUGAAGUUUGGUUCCUGGUCUUACGAUAAAGCCAAGAUUGACUUGGUUUUAAUUGGCUCUACAAUGAACCUGAAAGAUUACUGGGAGAGUGGAGAAUGGGCUAUUAUUAAAGCUCCUGGGUAUAAACAUGACAUCAAAUAUAACUGCUGUGAAGAGAUAUAUACAGACAUCACAUACUCUCUUUAUAUUAGGCGUUUACCUUUAUUUUACACUAUCAACAUGAUUAUUCCAUGUCUACUGAUUUCUUUUCUGACUGUAUUAGUUUUCUAUUUGCCUUCAGACUGUGGUGAGAAAGUGACACUCUGUAUAUCAGUCCUUCUAUCUUUAACAGUGUUUCUUCUUGUUAUCACGGAGACUAUACCUUCUACAUCCCUGGUAAUUCCACUGAUUGGGGAAUACCUCCUUUUCACUAUGAUAUUUGUAACUCUGUCUAUUGUCAUUACGGUAUUUGUACUUAAUGUACACUACAGAACACCCAAGACACACACAAUGCCUGUGUGGGUGAGAACCAUCUUCUUGAACUUACUUCCCAGGAUCAUGUUUAUGACAAGGCCUGCCAGCGAUGAAGAGACUAAUCAGAAGUCAAAACCAUUUUACACUUCCGAGUUUUCAAACUUAAAUUGCUUCAACAGUUCUGAAACCAAAUGCUGCAAAGAUGGCUUUGUAUGUCAAGAUAUAGCAUGCAGCUGUUGCCAAUAUCAGAGAAUGAAGUUCUCAGAUUUCAGUGGCAAUCUCACAAGAAGUUCAAGCUCUGAAUCUCUAGAUCCUCUGUUUUCAUUUUCAGUUCUGUCACCAGAAAUGAGAGAUGCUAUUGAAAGUGUUAAAUACAUCGCAGAAAAUAUGAAAAUGCAGAACGAAGCAAAAGAGAUUCAGGAUGACUGGAAAUAUGUUGCCAUGGUAAUUGAUCGUAUUUUUCUAUGGGUUUUCAUCCUGGUAUGUAUUCUAGGAACAGCAGGAUUGUUUUUACAACCUUUGAUGGCUGGAGAUGAAAUGUAAAAAAUCAAAAUGUUAUAUUGUGAAGUCAAAUAAAACUUUUGCCAACCAAACUCUGCACUCCUACCCCAGCACCUGAUCUCUCUUCUAUGUGUUUCAGUAGUAGAAU